UUGCAGGAUCUUGUCUCUGACGCAAACCGAUGCAGCGAGGAGGACGAGAGGCCAGCAGGAUGAAUGCUCACUGAAACAUCCACUGCACACCGACAGUAGACCAUUAGACUUACACAACAACAGGUCAAUCUUUCACAAGAUCCCAGUGGUUUGAUUCCUCAGCUCCUCUCCAGGCACCAUGACGUCCUCUAUGCUUCGCCGGCAGCUGAAGAACUUGGUUCAGAACUACUCUGAGGCUGAGGUCAAGGUGAGAGAGGCGACAUCCAAUGACCCAUGGGGCCCAUCCAGCUCUCAGAUGGCGGACAUUUCAGACCUCACAUACAAUGUUGUGGCUUGCAAUGAAAUCAUGACGAUGCUCUGGAAGCGACUGAAAGAUGACAAGAACUGGAGGCACAUCCACAAGUCUUUGACGCUGCUGGAAUACCUCCUGAAGACUGGUGAUGAUCGAGUGCUUCUGAAAAUGAAAGACAACAUCUACAUCGUAAAAGCACUGACUGAGUACCGCUUCAUAGAAAAAGAUGGCAAAGAUCAGGGUGUGAAUGUAAGAGAGAAGGCCAAGGUUGUCCUUGUUCUUAUGGAGGAUGAUGAAAAACUCAAGGAGGAGAGAGACUUUGCUUUCAAAACCAGAGAAAAGACCUCCAAAGGUUCUGCCGCCUCAUCUGCAGACACUCUCAAAGAUCCCAACUACAAGCCAUGCUAUGUUCCCGGAUCCUCCGGACUCCCAUCAUUGGAUAACAUACCCUCAGUGGCUGACUUGACCGCAUCAUUUGCAGCACGCAAAGAGGAGCGUCUUCGACAGGAAGCUGAAAAGAAAGAAACAGAGAGAAGGGCCAAGAUGACAGAAGAUGAGUUACAGUGGGAAGAUGCAGGGAAAGGGACUGGCCUUAAAGAUGAUGCUUGGGGAGGAGAGAAGGAAGACAAGUCAGAACCCAAGGAGGCUGUGGGCCCAUGGGGAACACCAGCAGGACCUGACUCCACGGACACUGCAGCAAGUACUGAUGCAUGGGGGGGCCCAAUUAAAACUGAGAAAGAAUCAUUUGAUGGAGAAAAAACUGAGGAAGAUGCAUUUGGAGCACCAAAGAAUGGAGAGGAUCCUUUCAAUGCCCCUCCAGACAGUUCAGAUCCCUUCAAUGCACCCAAAGAUAAAGAAGACCCAUUUGCAGCUCCAAAAGAUAAACCUGAUCCGUUCAGUUCUUCUGAUAGUGAUCCCUUCAAAGCCCCAAAAGACGAUCCCUUCAAGGCCCCAAAAGACGAUCCUUUCAAAGCCCCGAAAGACGAUCCCUUCAACGCACCGAAGGAUGAUCCCUUCAAUGCCCCGAAAGACGAUCCCUUCAAUGCGCCGAAGGAUGAUCCCUUCAAUGCCCCGAAAGACGAUCCCUUCAAUGCGCCGAAGGAUGAUCCCUUCAAGGCCCCGAAAGACGAUCCCUUCAACGCACCGAAGGAUGAUCCCUUCAAUGCCCCAAAAGACGAUCCCUUCAAUGCCCCAAAAGACGAUCCUUUCACCGCGCCAAAGGAUGAUCCCUUCAGUGCCCCAAAAGACGAUUCCUUCAGUACCCCAAAAGACGAUCCCUUCAAAGCCCCAAAAGACGAUCCCUUCAACACGCCGAAGGAUGAUCCCUUCACUGCCCCAAAAGACGAUCCCUUCACUGCCCCAAAGGACGAUCCCUUCAAUGCCCCAAAAGACGAUCCCUUCACUGCUCCUAAAGAUGAUCCCUUCACUGCCCCAACAUCAACUCCUCCUAAAGACGACCCCUUUGGAGCCCCUACAUCACCACCUAAAGAGGAUCCUUUCUCUGCACCAAACAAACUUUCUCAAGAGGAUCCCUUUGCUGCACCAACAACACCACCUAAAGAGGAUCCAUUUUCUUCACCACCGAAGCCAACAAAAGAGGACCCUUUUACGGCACCAACAACACCACCUAAAGAGGACCCAUUCACAGCACCCUCCCCUCCACCAAAAGAAGAUUCCUCAGAUCCCUUCAGUGCACCUCCAGCAGGCUCACCAAAAGACAACAAAGACACAUGGGGAGCUCCUGCCAGUUCCCCACCAGCCAGCAGUGCAGAUCCCUGGGAUGCACCAUCUGCUCCAGGUGAAGAUGCCUGGGGGAAUGGAGCAAGUGCAUCAUCACCUGUGAAUAACUCUGAUCCAUUUGGAGAUUCGUCCAAAACAGACAAUGACCCAUGGGGGGCACCAGCUUCAGCUCCAGUCAGCACGGAUGAUGCGUGGGGCGCCCCUGCUCCACCCACAGACUCCUCCCCAUCCAGCGAUCCCUUUGGGGAUGGAGCCUCUAAAAGCAAUGAUCCCUGGGGUGCACCAAGUACCACAAAUGGCAACAACACAGCAGAGCGAAUGGUGCAGGAAGAGGAAACGUACAGAAAGACUGCUUCGUUCUUGGGCACGGCGGGGGCGUCACUGGUUGACUUGGACGAUCUGUUUUCCUCUAACCCCAAACCCAAACAGCGCCCAUUCAUCAAUGCGCUUGCCGCCCAGACUCAAGCCAUCGGUAAGGACAGAAAAAAAACGCUGCGCUCGGGAUAAAUGUCGACAUGUUUGCAGAAGGCUUCGUGUGGAUUUAACUGUGGUACGCGUGACUCAAAUGGAUGCAUGAUCCACCUCAAAGACGUACAGACCAUUAAACAUUAGUCCUCCAUGUUGCUGUUUCAAAUGCAUUCCAGUGCUGCCAAGCUGAGAUUUCAGCAUAAACAGAGACAGAUCAGGAGAGGGGGUUGGGAACAAAUAGAUAUUUAUCAUAAGAUUUGUAUGAAAAGGCUUAUUGUGAUCAUGUACUUGCCCUCCCAUCCGACCCCUGUGGUUUUGCUGUAGUAUAUAGAUGUUGUUUGUGUGUGUGUGCGUGCGUGUGUGUGUGA